AAGUCUGAGCAUGCUCAGUAAGUUUAGGAAGCAAAACCCGAACUGACUUGACUCAGCCCAUGAUCACGCCCGCGUGUUCAACUGCCCCAGCAGGCCCCGGUCCAGACGCCAACGGCCUUGUGUGCGGGAGUGGCCGCUAGGCGGAGCGCUGCUGCUGCUCCCCCACACCUUCCCCAGGCUGCAGGGCCGCGCCCCCGCCUCCGACGGGUGAGUAAGCGGGGCAGCCCCCAGAGCACCUGCCUCCCCCCUUCGCUCCCCGGGGCCCCUGCUCGCCGCGCCGCUGGUUGGUGCCGGGGGGCGGUGGCUCCGACCCAGCCCCUGCGCGCUCCUUUGGCGGGCCGUGCCCGGGGGAGUGACAGGCCGCCGCCCCGGCCGGACCCGCGCCAGGACGUGCCUGUGCUGGGAGCCCGGGGCCUGCCGCGCCCGUCGCCGCCGGAGCUCAGCUCCACCAGCGUCAGGUGCCCGCCGGACGCGGCCUGCUGGGUUUACAGCCCCACGUUGCUGGGGUUUGUUUUUGUUCUGCGAUUGCAAGCUGGAAACCUGUUGUUUGGACGCUGAACUAUGACAUCAUGGCAAGAUUUCACAGAAGAACAUGCAUUAUUUUGUUGCUUUUUAUUUUAUUCAUUUGCUCCAUGAUGAUGGCUUUGAAGACUCUGAGACCUGACAGAGCUGGUUUUGGGGAUCCAUUUGGACUUGGUCUCUUACCAGAACUUCAACAACGGACAACGCUCUUAGAAAAUAAACACAGUUCCCUAACUGCUGCCAAUGGUGAUAGUGUAACACACACCAAUAAUUUGCACAGUAUUGCAUUGAAUAGCAUUAAAACAUCUAUGGCCUCUGUAAGAAAGUUGGAAGAGGAAUUGCCUUCCCCUAAUUAUAACUUUCAUGUGUUCUACUACAGCUGGUUUGGGAAUCCACAAUAUGAUGGUAAAUAUAUUCACUGGAACCAUCCACUGGUGCCACAUUGGGAUUCCAAAAUUGCAAACAAUUACCCAAAGGGAAGACACAAUCCUCCAGAUGAUAUUGCGUCCAGUUUUUACCCUGAACUUGGAACAUACAGCUCUAAAGACCCUUCUGUCAUAGAAGCCCACAUGCAACAAAUGCGUUCAGCCUCUGUUGGUGUCAUAGCCCUUUCUUGGUACCCACCUGGUAUGGCUGAUGAAAAUGGGGAACCUGCUGAAGAUUUGGUGCCUGUUAUUUUGAAUAAUGCACAUAAAUACAAUCUAAAGGUCACUUUUCAUAUUGAGCCAUAUAAAGAUCGCGAUGAUCGUAGUAUGUACAGCAAUGUGAAGUACAUUGUAGACAAAUAUGGAGGCCAUCCAGCUUUUUACCGGCAUAAGACCAGCACAGGCAGAACUCUCCCCAUGUUUUAUGUUUAUGAUUCUUAUGUAACAAUCCCUGAAAUAUGGGCAAAUCUAUUAACUGUUUCUGGAUCCCAGAGCAUUCGCAAUACACCGUAUGAUGGAUUAUUUAUUGCACUUCUAGUGGAAGAAAAACAUAAGCAUGAAAUCCACAGAAGUGGUUUUGAUGGAAUUUAUACAUACUUUGCCACCAAUGGUUUUUCUUAUGGCUCAUCUCAUCACAAUUGGCCAAGUCUAAAAGCCUUUUGUGACAGCAGCAACUUAAUGUUCAUUCCAAGUGUGGGACCAGGAUACAUUGACACCAACAUCCGACCAUGGAAUAACCACAACACCCGCAACCGUGUUAAUGGGAAGUAUUAUGAGACUGCAUUCAGUGCAGCACUUUUGGUGCGACCAGAAAUUAUUUCCAUCACCUCUUUCAAUGAAUGGCAUGAAGGGACUCAAAUUGAAAAAGCUGUUCCCAAGAAAACUGGACAGGUAACUUACCUGGAUUACAAGCCUCAUAAACCAACUAUGUAUCUGGAGCUCACUCGCAAGUGGUCUGAGAAAUACAGUAAGGAAAAAGAACAAUGGCUUAUGUGAGGUGCUGCCUCCCUUGUUUGUCAAUACAUUCAGUCCAUCUCAGAGUUGGAAAUGACACUGGGAAUUCUAAUUCAGCCAAUCAAGAUGUCUUUUAUUAUGAAUAUACUUUAAAAAAAAAAUAACCUUUGAAUGUAGUAUGCACUAUUACUGUACCUUUAGAAUUAACUUUGACUCCUUUUAGGGGAUAAAACAAUAGUGAGCAAUAUUGGCAUCUCUAGCCUAUUGUAAUUGGAGAAUAUUUUGUGAAAUGCUAGAUGCUUUUUAUUCAUAAUCUGUAUGUAAAGCUUACAGAAACUCUAUCUGGAAUAAUUCAGAGGUGACUCAAGUAGAGUGAGACAGAAUUUAGAAUAUUUACAUUUAUUACUUUUAGCUAUAUAGCUGUGUUUCAGAGUUGAAUACUCCUGUGAUUAGAAUUUUGUCUCAAUAGUUCCUCAGAGGAUAAAUAUUUGUGGUGCAUGAAAUAACACACCAAUUGUUAUAUCAUUUGUACACCUUGUAGCAGGCGGAGAGUUUACUUUAACAUUUGACUUGUCUGUGGUACAAACACCAAGAAUAGCGUGAAAUUGUUCUGAAAUUUAGAGCUUUUAAAGCUUUUGGUUUCAAAAAUUGAUGAAAGGUUAUUUAACUCCAGAUUAAUCUUGUAUUUGGAUUUUGCAUUCUGUAUUUUUUGUAACUAUGGAGUGUCAGCAAAAUGCAUUGAGAUCGUCUAACUAGAUUAAAAUUAAAGAAGGAAUAAUAGUAACUAAAAUGAGGGCGGAAAGUAUAUAAGCAAAGGAAUUGCUCAAAAUAAGAAAAAUCUGUUUCUUAAACGAGAUUUUCUUUAAUGUUUACCAGGGAUAGACUUUUUUUUUAUUACUUAUCCAGACCUAGAUCCAGUGUUUGGAAAAAGUUGAAAAGGUUACGAGUCACAUAAAUAUUUUUCUAGUCCUACAAUUGAUUUAUUUUCUACAGCAGUCUUUGUUGCAUGAUUUUAGUAGCACAUAGUCUUCAGCCACUAGAAUGAAUUUGUCUGUUACCAUUUGAAAUCUUAAUUUUGAAGUUUUCAGACAGUUCGUUGAUUUCCUGCAGUACUAAAGAUAGCAGCUACCAAAAUCAUGUCAGAAUUCAGGUGAGGAGAAAAUAAAGCAAGAUAGUAAUUGAGUGAUGUUCUUAUUACAUUUCAUAACGUGCCAUUGCUAAAAAUGAGUGCUUAAUACUGUUUGAAAGCUGAGAUUCUCAGGUUUCAAAUGUUAAAAAUCAUUCAUUUGUAGUCCUGGUUGUUUCUGAGACACCACUCAACAACGGUCACUUUCUAGCAAUGCUUUUUUGGCACUUACCCAGAACUGAAUAGAGCAAAUCCCCAAACUUGGACCACUAUGGGUUUGACUAUUUGGUUUAAUAGUUGUGGUGAAUUUGAGAGUACUUUGGCAACUAUUUAAUCUGUAGCAUAGUAUAAUUGCUUUUUUUAUUUUAUUUAUUUUUACUUGCUUUAGGCCCUGAUCCUGCAUUGUGAUUCACCUGUAAACUGCCCAUUGGAGUCCCAUUGACUUAAUAGAGUUUUGUGCAGGCAUAGUAAUCUGCCCAUGCAGUCGCAAUGCAGGAUUGAAAAAGUGAAACUGUUUGUUUUUUUUUCUGAAACAUGUUUAAAUCUUAAUGACAUGGUAUUGCUGAUAUUUGUUAGUGACCUCUUAAUGUGAAAGAAGGACGGGUUUCUCUGAAACUUGUCUCCGUAGCUUAAAGACAGUUUUCACCAAAUUUAUGCAGGGAAACUGUCUGAAAUUCUUUAACUGUUUUAUACAUCCAGGAUGGCAAAUUGUAUGUAAGGUUUCUCUUCAGAUUAGUUAAAUGGUUCUAUUAGUAAGCCCCCAAACAUCAUAGGCAUGGAAAUUCCAACUUAUUUUUAACUAUCAUAGGGCUAGUAUACUAAGAUGAACAUAUAGGACCAUAUUCUCAACUACAGCCAAGGACUGUGGGGUGUAGCUUCAAAAGGGGCUGCAGAGGAGCCAUUUGUGGUUCCCAGUGGUGGGAUCAGAUCUGCUCUUGUUGGGUCCCUAAUGUAGUUUAGAGCAGCCUCAAGAGUGUGUGUGUGUGUGUGUGUGUACGUAAAUAAAAGGAGGCGGGGGGGGGGAGAAAAUAGAGCAUUGCCCUGCAUCUUGUGUAGUCACUUAUACCAGGGCAGAGUGAGUGUAAAAUUCUACUAAAUCAUAACAAAUACCCUGGUGUGACUACACAAAAUACAGAAUAGAGAGAAUCUGAACCAAAGUGUGGUAAGUAAUCAUCUUGGAUCCUAUCCUGCGUUCCAUGCAUACCCAUUGCAGAUAAAUGCAGGAUUGUUUCCCUUUUGUGUAUUGAGAAGUGAGGAGUACUUUGGUGCCUUCAACAUGCCUGAGAAAUGCCUAUCUCUUGUCUACACUAGGAGCACUACAGCAAUGGAGCUGUGCCACUGCAGUGCGUCUGGUGAUGAUGCUCUAUGCUGACGGGAGAGAGCUCUCCUCUCAGCAUAAGAAAACCACUUCGGCAAGAAGGUCUCCUGCCAACAUAGCGCUGUCCACACAGCGCUUAUGUCAUUGUAACUUAUAUCACUCAGAGGGUUGGUUUAUUUGCACACCUGAGCGACAGAAGUUAUGCCAACAUAAACUGUAGUGUAGACAUAGCCUAAUAUGUAGUCUGGGAUGUUACAGUGCACCUUCAAUGCUGUUGUUUUCUGUUAAAUGGUAUCUUCUAAAUAUUUUGCACUUUCAGACUUCAUUUCUAAGGAUCUCAAAAUGCUUUUUCAAAGUAGGUAAGUAAUAUUUUUAUUUUUCAGAUGGAUAAACUGAGCUAUAGAUGAUUUAGUGACUUACCAGAGUCACACAGUGAAUCAGUGACAGUGCAGGACAUAGAGCAGGUAUUGAUCCCCAUUCUAACCACUCCCACACAGCCUCUUAAGGAAACUAAUGUAUGCACUUUUAGUAUCAGUUCCUUAAAUAACUAUACCUAUUUAUUUAUUUGUUUUUAAAUUUGUUACUUUUUCUUUAUUUACAAGCCUGGGAGUGCACAAUUCCUUCAGUUAUUUCCUCAUUUCUAGCUUUCCCUCUCUCAGCAACUUAAAGGGAUGCUCAUUCUUCCUCCUACGUGAACUGGGAAAGGCUAGGUGUAGGUAAUUGUUUGCCAUAGUAUUCAUAAUAGAUAAUACUGCAUUAAUGGUAAUUAGGCAAAAAUAAAAACUAUAAAUGAUUAUUAAAGGCAAUCACUCGCUAUUAUACCUGUGCUCUAUAGCAAUGCUUAAAAUCACUGGUGACAUACUACUGAGCAAUCAUGACUGGGGAAAGUAGUGAUGACAAUACGCAGGAAAUGCUCUCCAAGGCCAAGCAGCAAUGUUUCUAAGGCCAGAUAAUUCACUUAUAAAAGUGUGGGAAGGCCCUAUUAAUUCAAUUGUAGACUUCAGUUUCUGGCAGGCCCAAAUAAGUUUUCGAAAUAUUUAUUUAUUUCCAUGGACUAUAUCUAAACUGAAGCGUAGUCCAUCCCCCGUACUCUCAGAACCCUUGUCUAUAUUGCACAGAUUUGAAAAAGCUGCUUUGCCUUUUUUUCCAAGUAAAAGAGCAUGUCCAUCUAUUUUGCACAUACUGUUAACCCCUUAUGGCUGUCCUCUUGUGAAUGCACAGCUUCUAUCUUGGAUCAGCUUUAUUUGUAGAAUUCAGUUUGUCUUGUGGUGCCAAUAUUCUGUCACAGACUUAAGAAGCUUUUGGAACAGAAGAGUCCUUAGUAAGUGUCUUUCACCAUGAAAUUCUGUACACACUGUGUACGUAGUAUAUACUUGCAUAUUACAUACAUUUUGAUAGUCUUUUGCAUGGGUUUUUCAGGUGCCCUUUAUAAUGUUUUACAGGAAAAUAUAUUGUACGUAGAGUUUUUGUUGCUGGUGGUAGGAAAUAGAGAUUAGUUCAACACAUUUUUAUGCACUUGGACAAGUAAAUUAAUUUUUGGUGGUCUUAAGUUUUUGCAAAACUUAUGUACUUAAUAAAGGAGAGACAUAAUUUGAUUUAAAAAAAUCCUACAUAUAUUCUAUUUAAGAUAAGGUAGAAAUCUCUGGCAAACUGUUCUAGAUACUGUAAGUAUUAGCUGCAAAGAAGUUCUAACUUUCUACUAUAAUCUAUAUUAAACAAUUCAGUAAACGCUCACAAUCUUUUAUUCCUUUCUUUUUGUGAACCUCCUCAAACUAUUGUCAUAGUCUGUUACUUCUGUCCAGAUUUAAAUCUUAAGCCUGUUUUUAAAGUAACUUUAUUUCUAAGAAUUCCUGUAUAGUUCCAAUGUAACCAACUUGUUACAAUAUUUUGUAAGAGAAUGUCCUUAUUAUAUGUAUUUUAUAAACAAAGCAUGAAUUUUACAAAAUGUGUGUAUGAUUUUUGUUAUGGAUAUUAAUAUUUUGUUGUGUGCAAUGGACAGAGUUUAAAUUAGUUACACUUCAGGUGUUUUGUUUUCCUAUCUGGCUGUAGAAAUGUAUUACUAAUGUGGCCUGAUUCUGUCACCCUGUCAGGGUACUACUCAAUGUAUGAGAUUUGUGGCGUAAUCUAGCUCAUAGCAAAUCAUUUGAGUACACAGUGUUUUCAUUUAUAAUCAUGUUUACAAAAAACUAGUUGCUUAAAUGUUAAUGAACAAUAACUGUGCACCCAAAAUGCCAUAGAGUGUAGGAUAGUAGCAAUCUCUAAGCAGUAACAGUUUAGAAAGUGAAUUUUCUAUCACUUUUGACCUUAGAAUUGAGGUAUCUUAUGUGAGCCAAUGCAAUAUCUAACAUGGCAUAUUGGUUCUUUCUAUGAACUGUCUGCUGCUCUAAUCUGUAUGUAAAGGAGAUUGGUUCACCAAAAUUUGCCCUGUGCUAAUCAGUUUCUGCUUUGUGAGCCAGUGCGAUGUCUAAUGAAAGACCAAAAAAAAGUGAAUAGUGAUGCAGAACUUCUCAUAGUACAAAACCAUGAAAAAUAUUGGGUCUGAUUCUUAUGUUUUUAAAUAGGCAAAACUUCCACUGAAGUUGCAUAUAAUCCAGUAACAGGCUUUCUCGAUAGUGCACAACUCAUAAAAAUACUCAGAUGCCUUUGAAAAAAUUACACAGGCGGUACUGCUAUGUUUAACCAAAAGAUGAAAAAUGUAGGAUUUAGGUUUGCAUUUUAAAGUGUAAAAGGAGGAGACUCGUAUGCAUAUAUAUAUAAAUCUAAAGAAAAGCAUAAUAGCGGUAAUCGCCCAGUCUUAAGGCAGAAAUGGUUUAUGCCUGUUUUGCCUUUGGGAGAAAACUGGGAUCAGGCCCAAAAUCUGGAUGUUAGACUCUCAAGAUGCAUUGUCCUAUUCCAGUUGAAAAGCAACCAAAAUAUAAAUGCACCACUUGCAUUAGUUAUUGAGUGGAAAUCUACCUGUAAAUAACCCAUGCUUGGCAAAUAUCCUGUUCAGAUAUUUAUAGUAUAUUUUACUACUCGCUAUAGUGAAAUAGAUGUAUUCUAGUAAGAAACUACUGGGUUAGAAAUGUAAUAUACGCAUUCAUUACUACAUGUUUCUAGAUAUAGUCUAAGGUAUUUUGAAGCCUAGAAUAGUUUCAUUCUUUUUGCACUUCAAUUUGUUGGCCACUAAAAUUUCAGUGACUUACCACUACUGUUAAUGUAGAAUGUUUUGCUGUGCACAGUGUUUAAUUUACUAUAGUAUAAAGAAAUGCAAUGCAUGUCUCAGGAAAUCCAAAAUUGAAUCAAAUACAAAAUGUGCUUGAAAUUUUAAAAUUAUAUUAAGUACCUUGUUAUGUAAUUGUCACUCUGAGAGGAGACUGUAAAUGAUUUCUGGCUGUUUUGGUAAAUCUCUAUUACCAUAUUUUCAGUAAAUUACACAAAAUGUAUUAAGAACUGAUAAAAUAAAAUGAAAUUUUAAUUGCUAUCAGCCUCCUCUACUGAAUGUGGGAUGCAUGUUCAAUAAAUCUUUUUCCUGGGAAA